UCCUGCCACGUCACGGCGCAUACGCAGCAGAUGGCAACCCAUUUGACGACGUGUACCCGGUGAGUACAAGUAGUGGGGGGUACAUCAUCGGUCCCUGGAAUCAGCUCGCCAUAAAACCUUAACAAGCCUUAAAGACAGCGAUAUCAUGGGAGGAUCGCAGAGUGUGGAGAUACCGGGAGGUGGCACAGAGGGCUAUCACGUCCUCCGGGUUCAAGAGAACUCCCCGGGUCACCGAGCAGGGCUGGAACCCUUCUUUGACUUUAUUGUCUCAAUCGGUAACACCCGACUGAACAAGGACAAUGACACCUUGAAGGACCUUCUCAAAGCCAGCGUGGAAAAACCUGUCAGGAUGCUGGUGUACUCGUCAAAAACCUUGGACUUGCGGGAGUCCACUGUCACACCUAGCAACUUGUGGGGGGGGCAGGGCUUGCUCGGCGUCUCGAUUCGCUUCUGUAGCUUUGAAGGCGCCAAUGAGAACGUUUGGCAUGUUUUGGAUGUGGAGCCAAAGUCCCCGGCGGCGGUCGCCGGUUUGAGGCCGCACACAGACUACAUCAUAGGCGCUGACACGGUUAUGAACGAGUCUGAAGACCUUUUCUCUCUGAUUGAGAGUCACGAGGGAAAGGGCCUGAAGCUUUACGUGUACAACACUGACACUGACAACUGCAGAGAGGUAGUCAUCACACCCAACAGUGCCUGGGGAGGAGGUGGAAGCCUUGGAUGUGGGAUUGGCUACGGAUACCUCCACAGGAUUCCCACGCGACCUUUUGAGGAGGGGAAGAAGAUCAGCUUCCCGGGGAACGCUUCUGGCGAGCCUGUCAGUCCUUUGAAGGAUGGAUUUACUGAGGUCUUGGCGAACUCACUUGUCCAGUUAUCGGCUGUGACUCCGCCUCAUAUAGCUUCAACGUUACCCUCUGGCCUUGAAGAAUCGCUGUCUGGCCUGUCAAUCAGUACAGCUCCACCCACCAUGCCUAGCGAACUGCAGACAGGUUUGCCCACAGUACCUCUGCUUCCAACAUCCAACCCGUCCCUCAGCCCCCUCGCACCCCUCAAUCCUGCCACAGCCAGCUUCAACCCCGCCACAACGCUACCAGGCUUGAUGCCACUGCCAGGUGGUUUACCUCCGCUGCCCAACCUUCCCAAUCUCAAUUUACCGCUCCCGGACCUCAGCGGCAUCUCAUUAGCAGGCACCGGCACAGUAAUGCCAGCCGGAACAACAGUUCCUCCCCUGAACAUACCUGGGCUGGCCCCUUUGCCGCCUUUGCCUACCAUGCUGCCUUCCCAACUGACUCCCCUUCUCCCUCAAGGCAUGGCCCCCAUUCUGCCCACAUCAGCCUCUGUCGCCCCUCCGGCCUCUGUCACCGUGACGCCUGCCGCAGCGUCGAUCGGCAACACCGCAAGCACCAUGGAACUGCAGCCUCCUACGGAGACGACGCUAACGUCUUCGUAACCUGGGAAUGUUUCUCUCUCUUAACCAUUGAACCAAAACACACGACCGGUUUCUCUAUCCUCUUCCAUCUGUUCUCUGUUUAGUUUUCUAUUUAUUUGGCCAAUAGGGACAGGCUGCACCCAGUCAGAGAUUCCAGGUGUGUGUGAAGUUUAUGAAAAACACGUCUUCAUAAACAGAUUGUUAUAUUGCAGUGGAGCAGGUCGCACUGCAGCUUGCCUUUAAUAACUCUUCUCAUUGCAUUUACUUCUAUCUGACCGAAGUUGUUCAUCUUCUGCUCUCAAUUUCUUCCGUUUGAGAAGGUUCACGGUUCUAGCGAUUGACUGAAAUAUUCUUUUAAUCCCUUUAAUCAAAAAAUAUGUGUGUACAUUAUAUAUACACAUGCACAUAUACUGUUUGAACAAACAAGCCUUUCAUGAUCUGUCAGAAAAUAACUUUCGUACUGAUCUUGGUCUGUCCUUACUUGCAUUCCUUCCUUUUACCAGUGCAUCUCAAGAAGUUCGAAUAUCCUGUAGUUUACUUCAAAAGGUGACACUAAUGCUAUUAUUUAAAAAAUCUUAUUAGAAAUGUAUCCCAAAAUUCAAGUUUUAUUUUAUAAGGAUAUUGCAUAAUCAUUUUUAAAUAUAGAAAUUAAGACUCUGCCUUUGGAAUGGUAUGUUCCUUUAGUUAUGAGUUUGUAGUUUUGAUCUAUUGGCUGCCAUUGAUGGUGGUAGAUGUCCAAUUGAUUUGAACUGGGUGAGUGAAGAAUAAUCAUGUUUCACUGUCAUUUAUGUUUAAUCCAUUUGAACUGGGAGGGGCUAGCAGUGCAAAUAAUUGGACGUCUAUCACUGUCAAUGGCAACCAGGGAGUUUUACUUUUUGAUAUGUCCUACUGGAAUGAAUGAACAUUUGCAUGAUAUUCCAAUUUGAAAUGUACUGGUACUUUUUUCCCUCAAGUCAUAAAGAAUGAAUAUAUUAUUAGCGUUGCAGAAUUAUUUUUUUUCAUUAUUUUGAAAUUAUGACUGCUCGUUUUCUUAUAUACUGUAGCCCACAAAACAGACGAAAGAUGAAAGUCACGUCACAUGCAUUCUGUGCACCGCCGUAUUGUGGUUCAACUUUUGUGGCCCAUGAUGGUUCUUUUGAGUUACACUGAACAGCCACAAGAUGUCAUUGUAAACAAUGAAACAACGCUUUCCGGUAUGCAAAGUGCAAGCAAUAAAGCCAAACACAUUGUACAGUACAUUCGGCCUCUGUUUUCUUGAAAGAUUUUAUGAGGAAAAUUACAUUUAACUAGAAACUCAAGAAGGUGAUCACCAGUUUAAAGUCGUGUACAACGACAUCUGGUACAGGCUAGUUUUUGUAGUAGGGCUGUCAAACGAUUAAAAUUUUUAAUCGAGUUAAUUACAGCUUAAAAAUCGUAAUUAAUCGCAAUUCAAACCAUUUAUAAAAUAUGCCAUAUUUUUCUGUAAAUUAUAUAUAUAUUCUGUAAAAUAAAUUGUUGGAAUGGAAAGAUAAGACACAAGAUGGAUAUAUAUACAUUCAACAUACGGUACAUAAGGACUGUAGUGGGCAUUUCACUCUACUGUCAUUUAAAUCUGUCUAUGCCGUCCUCACUCCGAAGCGUCUACUUUUUCCAAAGCUAGACAGCUAGUGAAUGACGCCUUAAUAAUUAGACUUCUUCCUUUUUCAUCUGAUUUAUUAAUAAAAUGGCCUCAAACCAUUGUCCUCUUUAGACCUUCGUAAAACUACCAAAAAAAAAAGUACACAAGCAUUGCAUUAGCAACAACGUUAGCUUAGCACGCUAUACAGGUUCACUAAACAUAAACAAAAAGCGUCUCAUACAAAAAAUAUAACCUUUCGCUUACUAACAUAAUAUGUACAUUCUUUACAACAACCAUACUUACGGACAAAUCUUGUCCAAGGAUCAUAUAAGCACAACAUUAUCAGCCCGAGACGUCUUGCAGCCAUAAUGAACUGGCAAGAAAACAAUAAACCAUGUCGCAAAGCGACCACAAGAGUUCGCUGUUAGACAGCGCAAAAAGCCUUGCUGUAAAACUUACCAAAAGGCAGAAUACUUUCUGAGCGGGACAUGUGCGUUAAUUGCGUCAAAUAUUUUAAUGUGAUUGAUUUAAAAAAUUAAUUACCGCGCGUUAACGCGAUAAUUUUGACAGCCCUACUUUGUAGUAACAGUUAUUUUGUUUCCAAAGGAAUUUUAAACCAUUCUUCAGUUAGAAUACCUUCUAACUUUUUAGAGACGAUAGCGGUGGAAAUCGACGUUUUAAUUGAUGCUUUGAAACUGACCAUAAAUGCUCAAUAAUGUUGAGGUCUGGGGAUUGUGCUGGCCAUACGAGACGCUCAACUUCAUUCGAAUGUUUCUCAUGUCAUUCUUUCACAAUUGCUGUAUGUUCAAUGAUUAUGAUGCAAAAAUGUUAGGCGUUUCCAUUAUUUUGUCCAAACCCUUGUACAUAUAUCCAGUACUGGCCAAAGUAUUGGCACCUGUGCAAUUCUGUCAGAUAAUGCUCAAUUUCUCCCAGAAAAUGACUGCAAAUACAAAUGUUUUGGUAAUAAUAUCUUCAUGUAUUUUGCUUGCAAUGGAAAAAAAAAAGAAUGGAGAUUUUUUUUUUUUACACAAACUAAAAAAAAAAAAAAAAAAAAACGGGGCGGACAAAAGUGUUGGCACUUGGCACCCUUUGAAAAAUCGUGAUGCUUCUCUAAUUUGUGUAAUUAACAGCACUUGUUACUUACCUGUGGCACAUAACAGGUAGUGAAAACUACUAAAUCACACUUGCAGCCAGUAA